CCCCGCCAUGCGAGACCCGCGGGACCCCGAAAUAAUUUCAGAAUCACCGAAGACAAAUAAAGCUGUGUUUGGCCACCUGAUUAAAGCUGAACUUCCUAUCGACUUUCAAAGAUUAACAACCAAACAAACCCUAACAAAAUAGGACAAUCCAUACUAACGAAAGCGGAAGGAACGACAACUCCACUACGCCUCUUUUUUCUUUUCCUUCUUGUCCCCAAAGGCCAAACCCAAACCCUUCUUUAUCAAACCUGAAUUCAGAUCCAUGAUUGCUAAUUGAUAAUCAAAUAGGGUUUUCUGUUUUUCAGUUUUUAGCAUGGACGGUAAUAAAGACGAUGCGUUGAAAUGCUUCAGAAUCGGGAAAGAAGCCGUCGAAUCUGGGGACCGAGUGCGUGCCCUCAAAUUCCUCACCAAAGCUCGACGACUGGACCCCUCUCUCCCCGUCGAUGAUCUCAUCGCGUCAAUCGAAUCCAACUCCAAUUCAAACCCCGAAGGGCCCUCUGUGAGGGCGACGACGGCGAAGUUGGCUGAUCAACAGUCGGUCCGUCACCGGGCCACAGCCACGGCUUCGUCUUCUUCCACAUCUGCUGCUGCGUACACCGAAGAGCAAAUCACGAUCGUGAGACAGAUUAAGAAAAAGAAGGAUUAUUACGAUAUUUUAGGUGUCGAAAAGAGCUGUUCUGUGGAGGAUGUUCGGAAAGCGUAUCGAAAACUGUCUCUGAAGGUUCAUCCUGAUAAAAACCAAGCUCCAGGCGCUGAAGAAGCUUUUAAAUUAGUCUCGAAGGCGUUUCAGUGUCUGAGCAAUGAAGAGAACAGGAAAAAAUACGAUCUUCUGGGGUCGGAUCAGCCCGAUUACCAACCAAGGGCACAGAGUCGGGCGGCCCAUGGGUAUAAUGGUUUUUAUGAUUCGGAGUUCGAUGCUGAUGAGAUUUUUAGGAACUUUUUCUUUGGAGGGAUGCAGCCGGCUAGAACACAGUUUCAACAUUUUAAUUUUGGGCCGGGUAUGGCCGCCAGAACGACUGAUCAUGGGUCCGCUGGGUUUCAUUUACGCGCGUUAAUUCAGUUGUUGCCGGUGAUUCUUAUCAUUCUGUUGCAAUUUUUGCCGUCUUCAGAGCCAAUUUAUUCCCUGUCUAGGUCGUAUUCUUACGAAUACAAGUUGACAACUGGGAGAGGUGUUAAUUACUAUGUCAAGUCGGCCAAGUUUGAGCAGGAUUAUCCUGUGAAUAGUGCAGAGAGAAUGAAGUUUGAAAAGCAGGUGGAGGAGGAUUACUCCUUAAUACUUAUGCAGAAUUGUGGGUUAGAGAUUCAGCGCCAGCGGUUGGGUUUCAUAAAGGAGACUCCCCAUUGUGAUAUGUGGCGGAAGCUUCAAGAUUCACCAGUUUGAUGAAUUAAAUCAAGAUUGCUUGUUUGCUGCUAAAUGCUGCAACAUUUUGUCUUUGAAGAUCACAUGAAGCAUUUGAAAUUUGCUCAAGAUAUAAAGGAUAAUAAUAGGGAUUUUUGAGGAUUAUAUUAAUUAAAUCUGGCUGUUGAGCUUUCUGCAACAAACUAUGUGGUCUAUGCAUACACCAGGACAGCUCAUAAACAUGCUUUUGUCUUUCUUUGAAAGUUGGUUGCAAACUUGCAAUAUGCAUGCUUAUGAAUGCAUCCAGCAAGUGUUGCAAAAUUUAUAUUUACAUUACAGUACAUUUUCAACUCUGUAUAUAAGCUAGUUACAUGUGCACAUUGAUUCGUUUACAUUGAUGUUUAUUAGUUAUUAUGCACUUGGUCCGAAAUGAUUUAGUUA